AAGUGGUUGCUAGUAGUGGUCGCUAGCCUCAGGUCACGUAACAACAAAAGACGUUGGAUCUCGUGCAAUUACCGUGUAAAGAUAUAACGUAGGAAGUGUGCUGUAUUUUCAACAGACUUAACGGAUACAAAAGUAACCGAUAAGAAGAUUGUGUUACAAGAAUACACUGAAACGCUCUCGGUACAGAGAACCCCAAAUUAGGAGCUAAGAGCAUCAGCAUUGAAGUUGCUAACAAUGGCGAAAACGCCCUUUUCAAGUUUGAUAUUGGCGGUCCUGUUUCUGUCAGGUGUUAUGGGACAAAAAUGUUAUGUAUGUAAGGAUCAAGACGAGAACACAGGAAAGUGUGCAACCACUGUGGAAUCUUGCAACUUUGGUGAAGAUUACUGCCUUUCAGAAAUUAAAUGGGGAAGCACACCAUAUUGGCAAAUUGGUGUUCCCAUGCAGCACUACAUCAGCAAGCGUUGUGCUACUAAAGAGGACUGUGUUGAAACCAUAAAAAGGUAUAUGCCUAACUGCUUGCGAAUUUGGUGGAAAGAUUGGACCUGUGCAGAGUGCUGCAAGGGAGAUCGCUGCAACUACUACAUCACGUUGGACGCGGCUGUACCAACCUCUAAUGCGAUUUUAAUACUGGUGGCUGGCGUGUUGACAGCUGCCCUUCCUUUGAUUACGUGAGCAGCAGCCUUCAUAUAACUCUCCUUUGGCAGGCGUGUGAAAAAGUUACCAGAUCUGCUAAGAAAAUGUGAUGUAACUUGUAAGAAAAAAGCUGCAUAUAUACCUUCCAUUAGAUAGAUUUAUUCAGGGACACAUUGUGAUUUACAACCAUUUCCGUCCAGCAUUCUGGUGUACAUAUUAAGUAUAAGUUAAUAUUUUUGUGUUUGUAUUGCAAAUGUUCUCAAGUGUUCAUUUGAAUUUAGAGAUAUUUUUAUAACAGAUGUUUUAAUGUUUAUCAAAUAUAAACAAUGUAGUACAGUAUAUGGUAUUUUCUAUUAAAUGCUUAACUAAGAUUUCCAUAAUGAUGUACAGUAUAACAAAUACAGUACUGUUAUCAUCAUCAUUGCUACACCAUUCUUAAUAUAUGAUAAUGGAUAUAUUGGGGUUAAAAUAUAUAAAUAUGCAUAUCUUGUUUUUUUCUUAUAAUGAAAAUUGCAAAAAUAAUGAUAAUUUCCAAAUUUCCAAUUUAAUUAUCUUGAUAUAUUAAUCCCUUUAAUGGAUAUACUGUACUGAACUGCACUUAACUGUUAUAGAACUUCAAAGUAACUGUUAAUUAAAUUUAUAAAACUAAUAAUAUAUGUAAAUUAAUUUUUUUUAAUUAUUUUAUCUGAGAAGCAGAGGAGUGAAAUAAUAUAAUGUGAAUUACUAAUUAUUUCUACUUAAAAAUUAGAAGAGUUAUAUUUAAACAUCAAAUGAAGGAUACAUUUGAUAGUGAGUGUAUAGAUCUAGCUACACUAUAUUUGUUCCUUAUUAUAAACAUUUGUUUAUAUCCGAGUAAAGAAUUGAUUUUGAAAUUGUGAAAAUUGUUCAAUAGAGGCAGCAAGACAUGGAGGUUUCAUAGGUAGCUUCUGCAUGUUGGCUACAGUGAUUUUAUUUGUUGUUCCAGUGAUAGGAAUCUCAUCAUUUAUUGCAGUUUAAAGUAUGAUGUGAAUACUAAAUGUGCACGUGAAGUUUGUUCUAAAUAUGUAAGUUAUGACUUGUAGUAAAAGUGGGCACCCUCUAACUUGUACCAUAAUUAACACUUGGGUUUAUAAUAAUUGAGAGUCAUAUUUUAGAGGGAAAACUAUGUACUGUCCAUAUGUUAAGUAUUGUCUCAGAAAAUUGGAUGGUUAUAUUAACUAUAAUAACUUUUCUGAUUAAUAUUAAGACCUGUGCUGUAAAUGUAUUUUAUAUUAGCAUUUUCUGACCAAUAAAUAAUAUAGUAUAUACAUACAGUAUUAGCAUCUGGUAUUUUCUCUUGCAUCGACAAAAAAUUUAAUUAUAGUUUUGUGCAUAUUGUACUUUUUGAGUCUGAAAAUUUGGCUGAUAACAUAAACCUCUUAUCUUCAAACAUGGGAUAAAUGGGUGUUUAGGUGGUCACCUGUGUGGUAUAGUGUGUGAUUACCUCGCUAACUUGAUUCUUAUCUUAUGUUACACAUGUGAAAGUGAUUUGCAAUUACCAAAGUGAUACUCUAAGAAUGUAUAUGAUAAUUUUUAAUUUAGGUUUUUCUGGGCUUUUUUUAAUGCAAUACUUUAACAAUUGGUAUAUAAUAUGUUAGUGAAUUAACAUUUUAACCUUUUUGCUGCCUAAUGUAACUUGUUGAAUGGCAUUUGAGUUCCACUUGGGGCUUAAUUUGACUUUGAUCUAGAGAAGUAGAAAAAUCAUUGGGUAUUUGUAUCUUUUUUUUUUUUUUUGGUCACUAAAAUUAUCGAAUGUUGAAAUGUGCAUUAAGCUCACCUGUAAUUCUCUGGAGGGCAUUUUACUAUUGCCCAAAUAAGAGAGCUUUAUGUGUGUAAUUCCAUACUAGGGUUUACCCCAUAUGAAGGAGAAACAAUCGAGUCUGUAAGUGUUUGGUAAUUAUUUUCACUUCAGCAAUAUCAUAUUUUAAAUUGUAUAAAUGUACAGGAUGGUGUUCCUCAUUUACCACCUGACUUGUCUGUCAAGGAAAAUAUACCAGUACCAGAUACUGUACUGUACAUUGUACCAUAUAUUUAAGUAAUAUAUAGUUUUAUGAAAUUGCUAGAAGUUGUGCUGUCUACUAAUUUAAACACAGUAUAGUACCUAAAAUUUACACAUACUGUACAUACAUAAAGUACUUUAUCAUUACCUUCCUUCUCACACGUGGAGUGUGGUGGCAUCGGCCCAAAGAAGAGAAUAAAGGUUACCGAUUUUAAAUAAAAAAAAAAAUUAAAUAUUAGUUGUACACUCAUUACAUCAUUCAUAAUA